AUGUGCAGCUGUGGAGCCCGGUCUACGAGAGAGGAGGACUUCACCAACCUGUCUCUCAACCUGGUGCCCGGAGGUUCGAUCCUGGAAAUGCUCCAGGAUUACCUUAAGGAGACAGAGUUGGACUUCAGGUGUGACUGUGGCUCCAGCACAUCCAGCCUGCAGUACACCUUCGCAACUCUGCCCAAAGUGCUGAUCCUACAUCUGAAGCGUUUUCGAUUCACUCCGUCAUUGCAGCUGGAGAAGUUGAGCGACCCUGUUGACCUCUUUAGGGAGCUGCUGGUGACCUCCAGCCGGGCUGAUGGUUGGUACAGUCUGGUGAGUGUCAUCAGUCAUCUGGGUUCCAGUGGGAACAAAGGACACUAUGUGAGUAAUGGAGUGGACCCGGAUGUAGAGCUGGAUGACCCCGCUGACCGCUGGCUCACCUACAACGAUUCAUUGGUCACGCAGACAACCGGGGCCUCUGUCCGCAAGUGGCGUCAGGAAACCGCCUACAUCCUGUUCUACCAAAGACGAAUGUAGAGCAGUCCGGCGACGGAGGGACUUUGUGUGGCAGUCUCUGUGAGAUGUGGCCACGGGAACUGCACAGGUAAGUGUUUUGUUUUCCCUCCCUGUUGUCUUCUUCUAGUUGACGAACGUAAAGGUGGAAGUUCAGGACGGACUACCAGCUCGUCUCAUGAGCUGGAGCAGCAAAGCUCCCAAUUCUUCUUCCCGAGGUUCAUUACUAUUAAUGGCUGUUUUUCCUCGUUGCCAUCGUCUGUUUUGUACUGUCACUAUCUGGAGAUGGCUUGGCCUAUAUGAACAUGGCUUGCUCUCUCGGAAAGACUAAUAUGUGUUAUUUAUAUUUUUAUAUGAGAGAUUUUUAUGUACUUAAUUUGCUCUCAGUGACAUCUUAAG